AUGAAGAGAAAGGAGCUGAUGAUCAUGCACGGCAUUUUGAUUCUUGGUUGGUUCAUAGCCUCUGCAGCCGCCGGACGCAUCACGCCACAGGAAAAGGCGGAGUCCGUGACGCCGAUCCCGACACUGUCGCCACCGGAAGGCAACAUGACGUUCAUCGACGGGGUGACAUGGUGCGUGGCCCGGCCGGGCGCCACCCAGGAGGACCUCCAGAACGCGCUGGACUGGGCGUGCGGCCCCGGCGGCGCCGACUGCUCCCAGCUGCAGCCGGGCGGCCGGUGCUACCAGCCGAACACGCUCCUCACCCACGCCUCCUACGCCUUCAACAUCUUCUACCAGCAGAACGGCAACUCCGACAUCGCUUGCAACUUCGGCGGCGCCGGAGCCCUCGUCAAGCGGGACCCAAGUUUCGGAUCGUGCAAGUUCUUGGCAUCUGAGACUUCUGCAGCAGCUUCGUCAGCGAUGCUGGGAAGAAGGGUGUGGAUAGCCAUGGUCGCUCUGAUCUCACUCCGGCUGAGAGUUUAG